AUUUUCUACUUGGUGUGGCUGGUACUACUAAUUAAACUUGAUUUUAUAUACCUAUAGGUAAGUACAAAUUGAUAUUUUUGCAAGCCGUUAAAUGCUUUCGAAUUUUAUUGUAGUAGGUAUUGCUUUUAUUUUAUUGGGUACAGUGUUUAGUUUUUGUAUUUAUUAUUAGAUUCUUGUUUGGUGGUGGAAUAUUUUAUAAAUGGAUUCUUGUAAGAAAAGAACUGUUAAUUUCAGUAAAAAGAAGGUUGGCAUAUUAAUGAGCCUUGUACUAAAAUAUAAGGGCACAAUUGAAUGUCGAAAGACUGACAAAAUGAACAACGAUUUAAAGCAGAAAGCUUGGGAGCGUCUAUCAAAUGAAUUUAAUAGCAUUUGUGGAGAGCCUUUUAGAGAUGCAAAAGUUCUUCGUGGCAAGUAUGAAAAUCAAAAAAAAAGGUCAAAACAAAAAUUUGCUGAUGAAAAAACAUACCUACGAGGAACUAGAGGAGGGCCCAUAAAACCUAAGAUAAUUGACGAUAUCGACAAACAAGUUAAAGAAAUUAUAGGUACUCAGAUGACAGGCUUUGAUUCAGAAUUUGAUGGAGAUAGUAAAUAUGGCAACAUGCAGAUGGAAACUCCUGAGGGAUCUCGUUUUAAUAUUUCUGAUUCAGAGUUACCUAAUGAAGACAUAGAGCAAAUGGAGGAAGAUGGCAAAGAUUCUAAUGAGGAAGAUAGUUUAUUGUCAGCUGCUUUACCUACCAACUGGAACAAAAUAACCCCAGAAAAGCUUCGCACUCCAAAAUCGAAGCGAUUGAAAACCAUUUUGAAGAAGGCUUGUGCUAAUAAGGCUAAGAAAGCUGAACUAAAGUUGGAGAUCCUUCAACUGAAAAAAGAUCAGCUGCUAUCUGCUAAUAAAUGA